UCUGAUUAGUACAUAUUCUUGGAUUUAACCAAAAUUAAGAGCAUACUCCAAUCAGAUUCACGAAUUUUACAACAGUUGCAAAGCAGCUUUCUCUGCUGAACGCAGCCUAUGAAGAAAGGAAGGUGUUGGUAUUCAUAUGUCAUAAUCAAACAUUCUCAAAAUUUAUUAUAUAUAAAUACGCAAUUUUCGUGAAAAUCAUAGAAUUUCUAACACAGUGUUUAGUGUGAAAAAUUAGCUGCAAUUAUAAAAACAUUUAUCAUGAAUAAUGUGUUUCACUAGAUGUCUUUUACAAUUGUAAUUUUGACGCAUUGUUUAUGCGCAUAUAUUUUUAACGUGAGAGAGAGAGAAAAGAGGACGGGUAUUUCUUUGUAAAUAUACACGUAAAAGGGGGUUUUGAUAUACUUUAAUUACGUUAAAGAUAACACUAUGCUUGAGAGAUAUAAAUCACUUCGUCAAGAUUUUCUCAGUGUAGCUGAACCUUCUGUAGAUAGUAAUAUCUUGAAUCAAUUGAAGUGUAAUUAUGCACAUGAAAUUGAUUCGAAACGCAAGUUAAGUAAAGCGAAAGAUUUCGAAACGUUUAUAAGAUUGCUGGAGAAACGAGAUAUUAUUAGUUGUAACAAUAUAGAACAGCUGUAUUUUAUAUCAAGAUACAUUGGCAAGCCAGAAUUGAAGGAUAAGUUAUUAGAAUAUGAAAAUUGGAAAAUGCAGACUGCACCACCGUUUCCUUAUUAUAAUAUGUACCAAAGUGAUGAUAUCUCAGUACCACUGCAGAAUUAUGAAAAUGUAACAUCAACUUUUGAAUCAUAUGGUGCAUGUAGUUCUACGCAAGUUUUACAUGGAUCAACAAUACAAAACUUAAAUUUAUCAUUUGGUCAUACCACAAAGAAAUAUCAUUCUGAACAAGAAGAAGGAGAUAAUAAAAGAAAAUCACUACAACAAGCAGUAUUGCUCCAGAUUAGCGAGAGAAUAGGUAGGUCUUGGAGAGAUGUAGUUAGACAUUUAGGCAUCAGAGAAUGUGAAAUUGAUGCUGUACAAAGUAAAUAUCCUUGUGAUUUGAAAGAGCAAAGUUUCAAGAUCUUGAAGACUUAUAUAUCACAGUCUGAUAAAGAAUGGGCAAUAAAUUUAAUACGAGCUUUGGAGAAAGGAAGACGCAAAGAUCUUAAGGAACUUGUAGAGAAUUUAAUGGUGACUUACAAAGAUAUAUAAUAUAUUUGUAAGAAUCUGUACAAUUUUUUAAAAAUUGUUUACUUAAUCUUUGUAAAGUUUUGUAUAUUUUAUGCCUCCGUGUUUAAAGUUUGUUAUUUAUAAGUGAUAUAAAGUAUAUUUUCCUUA